UGGCUUGGGUUUCGCAUUAGCGUCAGACUCAGGCAUGCGGAUACGCUGCUGUGAAAGCUUAGGCAAAGUAAGCCGCUAAAAAUAGCGAUGAUACUAUGGUGAUAUUUGCGAGCUGUGGGAGAGUGAGCUACAAUUUGAUCAUUGGGUUAUUAGCUCGGCGUCAAAGCCCUAUUUCUUUGUGCAAUCUGAAAUUAUUACAGAAAAUGCCUUUUUAUGCUGUUGCAAAAGGUGUGGUUCCUGGUAUUUACACCGACUGGCCCACGUGUCAGAAACAAGUGCAAGGAUUUCGAGGCCCACAAUUCAAGAAAUUUGAUACUCAAGAAGAGGCUGAAGAAUUCAUUGCCCUGCGAACUGGCGGGGUAGUAGACAAGAGGAAGGCUGGAGUUCUUAGCGAAAAGCAAGACUCUGAAUCAUCUAAGUCAAAUGAUGGUGAAUCUACUUCUAAAGAAAAACCAGCCAAGAAGAAGAAAAUUGAUGAUGGAUCAGGCAAUACAGACACUUGCUUGCCUCCUGAACUGCUGUCCUUAAGGCAAGAUUUGAGAAGAAUGCAGCGUGAGUUGUCACAGCUGCAUGACCGAUUCGACAAAUAUGUUGCAGCUGUGACUGGGCAUGAAGGCAAAUCAGAGCCUGAGCCUCAAAAAAGCAAGGGGAAGAAGAGAGCCCUCAGCAGUGAGGAGCAAGAAAAGGAGGCAGCUCCUUACAAAGGCGACAGUGGCAUCAAGAAGAGAGUGUUGGCUAAGCCUAUACCUGAUAAGAAACUUUUUCAACUGGAUGAAGAUGGCAAUGUUGUGGUGUACACCGACGGCUGCUGUGAGAUGAAUGGCAGGCAUGGUGCCAGAGCUGGCAUUGGUGUCUAUUUUGGUGAAGAAAACCCAAUGAAUGUGUCAGAGCCAGUGCGUGGUCGCGCGACAAACAACACUGCUGAAAUCCAGGCCAUCACAUAUGCCCUGGAGCUGAUCAAGAGAGCAGGCUUUGACAAGGCAGUGAUCAACACAGACUCGCAGUUUGUGAUCAACUGCAUGACGUCGUGGCUGAGCGGCUGGAAGAAGCGAGGCUGGAAGAAGAGCGACGGCAGUGAAGUCAUCAACAAGGAGGAUCUCAUCGACCUCGACCGGGCGUCCGAUGGACUCAUGGUCAAAUAUAACCACGUGAAGGGCCACAGCGGCCUGCACGGCAACGAGCGAGCAGACCAGCUCGCCAAGGAGGGGGCCAAGUCUUACGAUGCCAACGCCACGGAGUGAUGACAUGAUGGCAGGGUCUGUUGCGGGUCUGGUGGUGACAAUUUUGGUCCUGUGUGGCGAAUAUUGCCCAUGCCAUGCUAAUAUUUGGUCCCAUGAUGCAAGUACUGGUUAUGUGAGGCGAAUAUUGGAUCCAUGAUGCGAGUACUGGUCAUGUGAGGCUAAUAUUGGUCCUAUGAUGCAAGUACUGGUUAUGUGAGACUAAUAUUGGAUCCAUGAUGCGAGUACUGGUCAUGUGAGGCUAAUAUUGGUCCCAUGCUGCGACUACUGGUUAUGUAAGACUAAUAUUGGUCCCAUGAUGAGAGUACUGGUCAUGUGAUGCGUAUAUUGGUUAUGCUGCGCACAGCAGUGCGAUGCGAGUAGAUUAUUACGGUGCUCUUGCGAUCCGAAGGUGAUGCCUUGAAAAUUUUGUGGUGAUCAUACGAAUCCUGAUCUUGAAUCAUCGGGGAUUAUAACUUAUUAUUGGUAUUAACUCGAGGAUGAUGGCUUAUUAUCGAUAUAUUCACGAUUCUUUCGUUACCCGAAUAGUGUAUGUAAUUUGAACGACUCAAGUUUUUACCAUCAUAUUUUUGUCUGCAAAAUUCAUAGCUAUUCAUUCAAUGCCACAACGUAGUAAAUUUAUUCAGUGCGUCUUCUCUAUUGAAAGGAAUGAUGCAUUCAUGAAUAGAUGUACUAUCCACGAAUGACGAUGGAUUCUUUAUGGAGAUAUGCAGGGUGAAUGACAGCAGGCUUUAUCUCUGCUGCUAUAUACUUCUUACGAACUGCCUCAUUUUGUCUACGUCCAUAGUUUCUUCAACUUUAUUGACGGUUGUUUUAGAAUUAUCCCAAAUGAUGUCAAUUAAUAAAGUUUAUUAUCUCUUAAUGCAAGAUAAUGAUAGUGACAACUGAUAAACCUUAUCAUGGCCCCGUUCAGGUCAAUUACUUGAGUAAUAGAUUAUUCGUGGGUAACCACUCAUCAAAGCGAUGCCCGUUGAUAAUUAUUAGUCUGUCUUCCAACCGUAAUCUUAUUUGUCGGAUUAACGACGCCGGUUUAAUU